ACGGGCAUCGCUCGCCGCGCGUCCUUUUGCUGCAGCCCGGGCGUGACGCUGGUGACGCUGCUUCCUUCCAACAUGGCGAUGGAAGGCCGGUGAUGGGGGAAGCUCGGUGCUCGGCACAGCAACGCCACAGCUCCCGUCCCACCUCGACACUCACUGCACCGGCACCGGCACCAGCAACUGCAGCCCCCCUUCUCACCCCCUCUCUCUCCUCCUCCUCCUCUUGUUGAUCGCUGCUGGCCUCAAGGGGGGUGGCAAAGGCAAAGGGAAAGAGAAGAGAAGCGAAUAAAUUAAUAAUAAUCGGAAAAUCCAGCAGGAGAGAGAGAGAGAGAGGGGGGAGUGGGGGGAAGAACCCCGGGCCGCUUCCAGUGUGGGCAGCGCGACAUGUAUGAAGGGAAAAAGACGAAGAACAUGUUUCUCACCAGAGCGCUUGAGAAGAUUUUGGCAGAUAAGGAGGUGAAGAAGGCGCAUCACUCCCAGUUGCGCAAAGCCUGCGAAGUGGCAUUAGAGGAAAUAAAGUCAGAAACAGAAAAGCAAAGUCCUCCCCAUGCAGAAGGCAAAGCUAUCUCUGGGACCUUGCCCCCAGUCAAAUCAAAGGCAAACUUUAUUGAAGCAGACAAAUAUUUUCUCCCUUUUGAGUUGGCAUGCCAGUCGAAAUGUCCCCGCAUAGUCAGCACAUCUCUUGACUGCCUGCAGAAAUUAAUAGCUUAUGGCCAUCUCACCGGUAAUGCCCCAGAUAGUACAACACCAGGCAAAAAAUUAAUUGAUAGAAUUAUAGAAACGAUAUGUGGCUGUUUUCAAGGCCCACAGACGGAUGAAGGCGUACAACUACAGAUAAUUAAGGCCUUGCUAACUGCGGUGACAUCUCAGCACAUAGAAAUACAUGAAGGAACCGUGUUGCAGGCUGUGAGAACAUGCUAUAAUAUAUACUUGGCCAGUAAAAAUUUAAUAAACCAAACAACAGCCAAGGCAACACUGACACAGAUGUUGAAUGUUAUAUUUGCACGCAUGGAAAACCAAGCACUGCAGGAAGUAAAACAAAUGGAAAAGGAGAGACUUCGACAACAGCAUCAUCUCCAGCAGCCCCCUGUGAACCAGUAUGAACCUGAAUCCCCACAACUGAGUCGACUUGAGGAGCAGCCUGUUCUUGAGCUGGCUCAAGAACCCAAAAUGGAAUCAGACCACAUCAAUGAAGUUGACAAAAUUAUUCAGAAGGAUACAGAGCCAGAAAAUGGAACUGACAUUUGUAAUGCAGAAAAUGAACAAACAGAAGUUGACCAAGCGACUGCAGCUAAAAGUUUUGAAAAAGGGAUUACAGGCAGCAGUCAUGGGGAGGGUCUUGAAUUUGAGGAUAAUGUACAUGAAAUUGUACAGAACAUUCUACAAGAAUUGGUGGCCACUGUUGGAGGACCUCUCCCUACCACGCAUCUAGGAGGAUGGGACGAUGUGGGAUUUGGACCUCCCCACUACCAUCCUCAGUGCUGCUGUGAUUGGCCUGUAAAAAGUUUAAUUGAAGAAUUGGAAGAGAAACCAAGUGGAAUUGGAUGUUCUGAAAGUACUACUGGCUUCGUAGAUGAGGAAAAUCCAGCAGUCAAUGAAGCGGACAAUGUUCAUUCCAAUGGAAUUCCAGGGACUCCAAUCUCCAUGUCAUAUACUCCUUCCCUGCCCGAUGACAGAUUGUCAGUUUCAUCCAGUGACACUCAGGAAUGUGGAAACACCCCAGGCGGUCCUAGUGCGAAGUUCUCUCAUAUUCUACAGAAGGAUGCUUUUCUGGUCUUUAGAUCAUUAUGUAAACUAUCCAUGAAACCGCUUUCUGAUGGUCCGCCUGAUCCAAAGUCUCAUGAAUUGAGGUCAAAGAUCCUCUCACUACAGCUACUUCUGUCGAUUUUACAAAAUGCUGGACCAAUCUUCCGAACAAAUGAGAUGUUUAUCAAUGCAAUAAAGCAAUAUCUUUGUGUGGCCUUGUCAAAGAAUGGUGUCUCUUCUGUACCAGAAGUAUUUGAGUUGUCACUUUCCAUCUUCCUCACUCUCUUGUCAAAUUUCAAGACUCACCUUAAAAUGCAGAUUGAGGUAUUCUUCAAAGAAAUAUUCCUUUAUAUUUUGGAGACUUCUACAAGUUCAUUUGAUCAUAAAUGGAUGGUAAUUCAAACUCUGACCAGAAUAUGUGCAGAUGCUCAAAGUGUGGUGGACAUCUAUGUAAAUUAUGAUUGUGACUUAAAUGCUGCAAACAUCUUUGAAAGAUUAGUUAAUGACUUGUCUAAAAUCGCCCAAGGACGAGCUGGUCAUGAGCUGGGAAUGACACCUGUGCAGGAGCUCAGUCUCAGGAAGAAGGGCUUGGAGUGUUUGGUCUCAAUUUUGAAGUGUAUGGUGGAAUGGAGUAAGGAUCUGUACGUGAAUCCAAACUCUCAGACCAGUCUUGGAAGGGCAGCUAUUUUCAAAAUAAUUCAGGUCGCCCGAAGCAGCCUAAAUAACUUGCCGAGCCAAGAAAAAUCUUCAGACCAGGACAGCAAUGAAAACAAGUAUCCUGACACAAUAAAUCGAUAUGGGAGUAUAAAUUCACUGGAUUCCACAGCAUCAUCGGGGAUUGGCAGCUAUAGCACUCAAACUUCUGGUGCAGACAACCCAGAACAAUAUGAAGUUUUGAAGCAGCAAAAGGAAAUUAUAGAACAAGGAAUUGACCUAUUUAAUAAGAAACCAAAAAGAGGAAUACAAUAUCUCCAGGAGCAAGGAAUGCUUGGUACUUCAGCUGAUGAUAUUGCCCAAUUUCUGCAUCAAGAAGAAAGAUUGGAUACGACACAAGUGGGUGAAUUUGUAGGGGAUAAUGACAAAUUUAAUAAAGAAGUCAUGUACGCAUAUGUGGAUCAGUUGGACUUCUCAUCAAAAGACUUUGUCUCAGCUCUCCGUAUGUUUCUGGAGGGUUUCCGUCUGCCUGGAGAAGCUCAGAAAAUUGACCGAUUAAUGGAAAAAUUUGCAGCCAGAUAUCUGGAGUGCAAUCAAGGACAAAUACUCUUUGCAAGUGCAGACACAGCAUAUGUCCUGGCAUAUUCUAUCAUCAUGCUGACAACAGAUCUUCAUAGUUCUCAGGUAAAGAAUAAAAUGACAAAAGACCAAUAUAUUAAGAUGAAUCGAGGAAUUAAUGACAGCAAAGAUCUACCUGAAGAAUAUCUGUCAGCUAUCUAUGAUGAAAUAGCAGGAAAGAAAAUUUCAAUGAAAGAGACGAAGGAGCUAACAAUCAAAUCCUCCAAACAGAACGUAGCCAGUGAAAAGCAGCGCAGACUUUUAUAUAAUCUGGAGAUGGAACAAAUGGCUAAAACUGCUAAGGCCCUCAUGGAGGCUGUAAGCCAUGUACAGGCACCUUUUACUAGUGCUACACAUUUGGAUCAUGUUAGGCCAAUGUUUAAAUUGGCUUGGACACCAUUUUUGGCUGCUUUCAGUGUGGGUUUACAAGAUUGUGAUGAUCCAGAGGUUGCCUUUCUUUGCCUGGAGGGCAUACGCUGUGCCAUCCGGACAGCUUGUAUCUUCAAUAUUCAGCUUGAAAGAGACGCCUAUGUGCAGGCCCUUGCAAGAUUUACUUUAUUAACAGCAAGUUCUGGUAUCACUGAAAUGAAGCAAAAAAACAUUGACACUAUCAAAACUCUCAUCACAGUGGCUCACACUGAUGGCAACUAUCUUGGGGCCUCCUGGCAUGAGAUCUUAAAAUGUAUUAGUCAGUUGGAACUGGCUCAGUUGAUAGGUACGGGAGUAAAAACGCGUUACAUAUCUGGAACCAUUCGAGGUAGAGAGGGAUCAGUUUCUGGAACCAGGGAUCAAACUGCUGAUGAAUAUUUGGGUCUUGGAUUGGGUACUUUGGGUGGUGGGACUGUGGACCGAAAGCAAAUAGCUAGCAUCCAGGAAUCCAUUGGUGAGACCAGCUCUCAGAGUGUUGUUGUGGCAGUUGACAGGAUCUUUACAGGAUCAACAAGGCUGGAUGGAAAUGCUAUUGUUGAUUUUGUGCGCUGGCUUUGUGCUGUGUCCAUGGAUGAGUUAGCCUCACCAACACAUCCACGAAUGUUCAGCCUUCAGAAGAUAGUUGAAAUAUCAUAUUACAAUAUGGGUCGAAUCAGGCUGCAAUGGUCCAGGAUAUGGGAGGUCAUAGGAGACCAUUUUAACAAGGUUGGUUGCAAUCCCAAUGAAGAUGUUGCCAUUUUUGCUGUAGACUCUCUGAGGCAGUUAUCAAUGAAAUUCUUGGAGAAAGGCGAGCUUGCUAACUUCAGAUUUCAGAAAGAUUUCUUAAGACCUUUUGAGCACAUAAUGAAAAAGAACAGAUCUCCAACAAUCAGAGAUAUGGUGGUUCGAUGCAUUGCACAGAUGGUUAAUUCUCAGGCUGGUAAUAUUCGUUCUGGCUGGAAGAAUAUUUUCUCUGUGUUUCACCUAGCAGCCUCAGAUCAAGAUGAGAGUAUCGUAGAGCUAGCAUUCCAAACAACAGGACACAUUGUCAUGAAUGUAUUUGCAAAGCAUUUCCCAGCAACAAUAGAUUCCUUUCAAGAUGCAGUAAAAUGUUUGUCAGAAUUUGCCUGCAAUGCUGCUUUUCCUGAUACAAGCAUGGAAGCAAUACGUCUCAUUCGUCACUGUGCAAAAUAUGUGUCAGAGAGACCACAGGCUUUCAAUGAAUAUACCAGUGAUGAUAUGAAUGUACCUGCUGAAGACCGAGUUUGGGUGAGAGGAUGGUUUCCAAUUCUGUUUGAGUUGUCUUGCAUAAUUAACAGAUGCAAAUUAGACGUAAGAACUAGGGGAUUAACUGUGAUGUUUGAAAUAAUGAAAACCUAUGGUCAUACUUUUGAGAAGCAUUGGUGGCAAGAUCUGUUUAGAAUUGUUUUCAGGAUCUUUGACAACAUGAAGCUUCCAGAACAACAGUCAGAGAAAGCUGAAUGGAUGACCACCACUUGUAAUCAUGCACUUUAUGCUAUCUGUGAUGUAUUUACACAAUAUUUUGAAGUUCUCAAUGAUGUCCUACUGGAUGAUAUAUUUGCACAGUUAUACUGGUGUGUGCAGCAAGAUAAUGAACAACUAGCUCGAUCUGGGACUAAUUGUCUGGAAAAUGUUGUCAUUCUGAAUGGGGAAAAGUUUUUGCCAGAAACAUGGGACAAAACUUGCACUUGCAUGUUGGACAUCUUCAAGACCACUAUUCCUCAUGCUUUAUUAACAUGGCGACCCUCACACUCUGAAGGUGACUCUCCAUUACAAAAUGAUGCUGGAGAGAAACAAUUGGAUGCUGUUUCUCAAAAAUCAGUGGACGUCCUGAGUAAGGGUGAGGAUCAACUCUCUGUGACCAGCACAGAAAAGGUGCCAUUAGACUGGCGUCAGAGCCAGUUUAGUCUUGGAUCCAAUGCCAGUGAUGAUGCUGCGAAAGUUAAGAUAUCAUCAAAAUUACAAGAACAAAAAUUGUUUGCUGCGUUUCUCAUUAAAUGUGUCGUCCAGUUGGAACUAAUUCAGACAAUCGACAACAUUGUCUUUUUUCCUGCAACCAGCAAAAAGGAGGAUGCUGAGAACCUGGCGGCAGCUCAGAGGGAUGCAAUAGAUGCUGAUGUGCACAUUGAGAAGCAAGACCAGGGAAUGUAUCAUUAUCUAACUUCAAAACAACUUUUCAAACUCCUUGACUGUCUACUGGAGUCUCAUCGAUUUGCCAAGUCCUUUAAUUCCAACAAUGAGCAGAGGACUGCACUGUGGAAAGCAGGUUUCAAAGGCAAAUCAAAGCCCAAUCUUUUAAAACAAGAGACCAGCAGUGUUGCUUGUGGCCUACGUAUCUUGUUUCGUAUGUACACAGAUAAAAAGCGGAGUGAUGCCUGGGCGGAAGUUCAGCAUAGAUUACUUAAUGUUUGCAGUGAAGCUCUCAGCUACUUCCUGACACUUACCUCAGAAAGUCAUCGAGAAGCCUGGACCAAUCUCCUCCUACUAUUUUUAACUAAAGUCCUCAAAAUAGAUGAUGAAAGGUUCAAGACCCAUGCAUCGAGGUAUUACCCCCUUCUGUGUGAAAUUAUGCAGUUCAAUCUGAUUCCCGAGUUGAGAGCAGUUCUACGCAAAUUUUAUCUCCGAAUUGGUUUAGUCUUUAAAAUAUCUCAUCCGUCUGAGCAAGAGCAUGGAUCCACCAACAAGUAAUGAAAAUCGAUCUUAGCCGGGGCAUUUUUGUCUGUAAAUCAGAAAAGGACCAGGCUUUUUGCCUGCUUUAAUUCUCUCCUUAUGCCUCAAUCCCUCCUUGAUCUUUUGAAAAGGAUGGUGCUUACAUCUGUUAAUUUGACCUGCCUAGCGAUGCACAUAAGUGAACUGUAAACUUAGUUCAAACUGCUUUAUUUCAUUGAAUUAAUUAUCUGAAGGUAAAGACUGAGUGCUGUCACGUGCUGAGCAUGGAAUCAACAUUUUGUGGUUUAGUCACAUUUUGGAAUGUCGUGAGUGUGUCAAUGCACACUGGGACUCAAAGACAGAACAUGAACAGGACACAGUGAACAUCCUAUAAUGGAGAAAUAUUUAAAUGAAUACUGUAGUUUGACAGUGAGUAAUAUAUAUACUGUAAGGGAAAUAAAAUCUUGUUGCAUCUUACAGGCAGGUUGGAAAAGAUAAUUAAUUUUGAAUUUGUUAUUGAUACUAGCAGAUCUCUUGAGCAUUAUCCAGUAAUUACUUUUUGUUUGCACAGCUCAAGAUCUUUAAGGUUAUAUUGACCAUCCUUCUGUGAAAUCUGUUGUACAGAGAUACAAAUCUGUAAAAUACAAUUUUAACACUAUAUAGUCCUUCUGGAAUGGGUUUCUCUUAUUUUUAUUAUUUUCUGUUAAUGUGUUGGAGUCACUGCUAUUUUGUUGUUCAUUAUAUGCACUGGGUUGUUUUUGCUUUUGGCUUUUGUGAAUAUUUUAAAAUUUUCUUUAAUAUUGCUCAUGCAGAUACAGCGGACCCCGGGAGCUUUGUGCUUGAUUAUUAGUGGAAGGAGGCACUAAGGCCAUUACAUUAAUAUAAUUAGUGAAAUGGUCACCCUGUCAAUGAAGAUGAGUUUUCCCCUACCUGUAUAUUACAGAAUAGGGCCUAUUAUUUAAACAAUAUGAUUGAUCCUGUCAACUGGAACUUGAAUCAUUGCAAGUUGAUCUGAGGUGCAUCUGCACUGACAAAACUGUGUCCAUGUUUGAUGUAGGUUCUACUGUCUAUGUAUAAAAUUGAUGUUAAAUUAAAUAUAUUGAAUAAUGAAUCAGUUUGGGAUGAUGAAAUAUAUUGAAAUCUAACUAUUAAAAGGCUGUGAACUGGGCUUUAAUAAAAACGAAAUGGAUACAAGAGUUCCAAGCAUUCCUAGUCACUGUGGAUGUAGAAAAUAAAUAUUUGGAGAAGGAUGAAAUAUAUAUGGUACAGACAUGUAAAGUUUUCUAUGUAAAAAAAAGUACAACUUUCUGUACAAUAUUGGUUAUCAUCUGGCGUAUUCUAAUCAGGUCAUAGCUCAAUAAAGUUUUGAACUCUCUUUUA